UGCCCGCUGCGGCAGGAGAGUGAUGUGAUGUAGUGGCGUCUGGUCACCAUGGAAGAAGCUCAGGUGAUCUUCACGGAGCUGCCGAUACUGCACCAUCGGCACCACCCUUACUACCUACACCAGCCGCAUCUUCAGCUGGCAGUACGGGAACCAUCGCCGCCACCGAACCAAACCCAUGUGUCGUGUCUGUACCCCGAGAUCCUGGCCCUCAUCUUCGGCUACCUGGAGGUACGCGACAAGGGGCGUGCAGCACAGGUGUGUGUAUCGUGGAGGGACGCAGCGUACCACAAGUCGGUGUGGCGCGGGGUCGAGGCCAAGCUACAUCUGCGUCGAGCAAACCCGUCCCUCUUCAUGUCCCUCGUGCGUCGCGGUAUACGUCGCGUCCAGGUACUGUCCCUGCGACGCAGUCUCAGAGACGUGGUGCACGGUAUCCCGAACUUGGAGUCCCUGAACCUUAGUGGAUGUUACAACGUGACGGACAUUGGUCUGUCGCACGCUUUCGUGUCAGAGGUGCCCAUGCUUACUCAGCUGAACCUGUCGCUGUGUAAGCAGGUGACGGACACCAGUCUGGGACGCAUCGCGCAGUACCUCAAGAACUUGGAAGUGCUGGAACUUGGGGGGUGCUGCAACGUGACCAACACGGGGCUACUGCUCAUCGCGUGGGGGCUCAAGAACCUGCGGCGCCUCAACCUCAGGUCCUGCUGGCACGUGUCUGACCAGGGUAUCAGCCACCUUGCCGGUCUGAACCGCGAGGCUGCGGACGGCAACCUAGCGCUAGAGCACCUCGGUCUGCAGGACUGCCAACGCCUAUCAGAUGAGGCACUCAAGCACGUCUCCGUGGGCCUCACCGGCCUUAAGAGCAUCAAUCUUAGUUUCUGUGUGAGCAUAACGGACAGUGGACUGAAACAUUUGGCUAAGAUGGUGUCCCUACGGGAACUGAACUUACGGUCGUGCGAUAACAUAUCCGACAUCGGAAUGGCCUACCUUGCGGAGGGCGGGUCGCGGAUAUCCUCCUUGGACGUGUCGUUCUGCGACAAGAUAGGUGACCAGGCACUGGUACACGUGUCCCAAGGCCUGUUUAACCUGCGCUCCCUGUCUCUGAGUGCUUGUCAGAUCUCCGACGACGGUAUCUGUCGCAUCGCCAGGACCCUACACGAUCUGGAGACCCUGAACAUAGGGCAGUGCAGCCGCAUAUCGGACAAGGGCCUGCAGACCAUCGCAGAGUGCCUCCGUAACCUACGGUGCAUAGACUUGUAUGGGUGCACGCGAAUCAGCACAGUGGGACUGGAGCGAAUCAUGAAACUGCCACAGCUAAGUACCCUGAACCUGGGACUCUGGCACGUCAGGUGAAACAGGCUCCCGACUGUGCGUGGUGCGGGUUCGAGUCUCGGUAAGACGUAGAAGCUUUCGGUUCCUACAGCACAGUGUAUACCCGCGAUUUAAGACCACCGUGACGGAGAGUUAACACAGAUUCUAUCACCUGUGGUAUCUUUCAGUGGCCACUUUCUUUCUUGUCCCCUGAGGCUCGAUAUUUGAGAACCUCGCGUACCAUUCCUCGCCCCAUAAGAGAACAACUUUCACCUAGUGGCUGUGUCCGUGUUUAUAUGUUCCGAGGGUGUGUUUGCAUUUUCCAGGGUGUGAAAGUGGUGUAUUCUAUUAAAAAUGUCCAGUAAUAACUUGGAUAUGUAACUAACUAGGCCCGAACAGGUAUCAAAAACCCCUUUUAUUUAAAAAAAAAAAGUAUCAGUUCGACUUGAAGAAGAUUGGCUGCAGGUAGCUGCAAUACCGACUGACGUAACGUGAUAGUGUGACAGAUAAUUGUGAUCGAGUGUCAUAUCAAAAUUAUAACGCUCUUUUGCCCCUUUCCGUACAAUACUGCAAGACCUGACUGGGAAGGGCGACAACAAUUGUGGGAACCGUGGAGGACAAUACUGUGGUCACAGAGGCUGUUUGCUGAUCUCAUCACAAAGGUCAAUCUUUCCACUCGCUGUAAGAUAUGUAAUCAAAGAGACUGAUAUAUUUGAAGCACGUUUCUUGCAGUUGUAAAGUGUGAGGCGAUUCAUAUGAAACGUUGCCGCUUGUUCCAGUAGAUUGUCCUUUAACCAUUUGGCAUACAUUUCUGUUUGAUUUUCACUACUCAAAACACCAAUCUAAAUACAGGCCUAAGUAAGAGAAAACAUCGAACCUAAGAUAGUACAUGUGUGUGUAUGUAAACUACAUCUGUUGUACAGUAAAUCAAUUGUACGCACCUGGUAACGUUUCGGUCGUAAAAGUGACUUACGGGCGGUUUCACAGCCGUCUACUGAACACCGUUGGAUUAACAGAUUUUUUUUCAGUUUUGACCUCUUAUAGUCCCGAAAUUUAUAAAAUUACAAUAUUUGUAAGCAGAUAGUUUUUGUAGCGUAUACUUUCAGUUAUAAGCUGCAGGGUUAAGGACAACCUGGAUCGGUGUGGAAGCUGUCAAAAUUAAACUGAAUUUCAAAAACGACAAGCAGUUGAAAACCCUUUGGAUUUAUUCACUUUUUUGUUAUUAUAAUUAUUAGACCUUAUAUUCCCAUUGUUAUGAACAUAAUUUAGCCUGCCAAUUCUUCCGGACACGGAUAAUGUGUGAAACAGGUUAUGAAAAUUAAAAUUGUUCAGAAAAUAUUACUCGGUUGAAUUUUAAAUAGAUCCGUCAGCUAGUUUACAGAUAAAUACGGUUUUUAACGAACUUAUACAGAUUGUGACGUUUGAAAGGUCCUUGAAUCUUAAAAUUCCUGUACAGAAAGAUAAGGAAGUUAGUCACGAUAUGCAUAGCAGAACAUGUACAAGUGAAAUCUGAGGUUGUCAGGGCGACGGCUGUGAAGGCUACCUUCUGGGAUGUGACGCCGAGUAGCCUGAUAGAUCGUUGCCAGUGUUUCGAAGGAAAGUGCUGACUCCAUCUUCACGGUAUUAGAAGAUGGUAGCAGUAAGAGUGCCGGUAUGGGGAGGGGACGUAGGUGACAGGCACCUGUCCACACCCCUGGAUUUCUGGAGAAUUUCAAAAUUGAAAAAGAAGCCACUGUGCCCAAUAUGAAUACUGAAACUUAUUUUACUUUUACUUCUUUUGUCAUGAAGAAUACAGCGAUCAGUAGAAACCCUUUAAAUCCCAGUGGUUACUAUAUGUACCACCUGCUUUAAUACAACAAAACUCUGCAUUCUGCCUACACAAUGUAUUUGUGUGUUACACAAUAAACAGCGACUGUUUCCCUAACCAGCAUUAAUCUGUUGGUCUCUAUAGCAGAGAUGUAGUGUGUUUUCUGUGAGGCAUGAACUGAAUUUUAAAAUGUUCAAAAUUGUCCCCCCCCCAAAAAAAAUUCAUGGUAGAGUCGAUGGGAUCCAGACUAGACGGCAUCACAUCCCAAAAUACAUUAAUUUUCUGAAAGAGUUCUGAUUGGUUGCAUCGGCGCUAUUGUUGUUAGCUCCUUCUUCCAGUGAGGUGUAUGGCUGAGAAAAAUUUCGUUUCCUGAGAAACAGAACCAGAACCAAAGACGAGCAUUUCGUAUGGCUUCCACCACGAGAAUUCGCUUCAAUCAGUUUGUGAAAUACGUGACAGUGGCCACCUCGCGCGUUUUGCCCUAGUCACACUGACAUUUCUGUGGUCACCAGAAACAUUGAUGUAACUGCAAGAGUAGCAUCACGCGCUCUUGCCCUCCUGAACAAACCGAACAGUUAAUACGAGAUAUGUGAUGUGUAUAUAGCACACGGUACAGUGUGUCAGGUGGCGCACUCUCUACACAUGUCCUGUUCUAACUUCAAAUUAAACCCAAUUUAAAAAAAGAGGCAUUUACAUGACGUCAGUAGCCGUAGAAAGGGGGCUGAAAUAUUUGUGAUCGAAAACUUAAGUAUCUCUCAUACAAAGAUAGAAAUAUUUCCUUUUAUUUAACGUCAUGCCAUCUUCAUGUUAAAGAGUCGACUCGUGCAAAACCACUUCAAAAUCACGCACCUUGCUACAGUAGUUCUACAGAUUACAUUAAUACGUGAUCUAGAAUAUAUUUACUUUUUAGGAGAACCUGAAAAGUGAAGGGUACGUUUUGAAUGUAGUCUUGAAAUUUUGCCAUUUCGUUUCUGCAGAUCAUACAGCAGAUAUUCCGGGUGCAGUAAAGAAAUUACAACCAUUAAAUUCACUUUCUGUGUUGGAAAUCAGAUAUUAAGUUCCCACAGCAAUGACUGUAAAGAGUCCUUUGCCUUCUAGUAUGUGACGCCGUGUAGUCUGAUAAUUCAGUAACUUUUGAGAGAAACUGCUUCCAUCUGCAGAAUCGAAAACAUGCCAAACAAACAGGAAGACAUAGGUAGUCAACACAAAAUCGAGGAGUACAUUCUUCUGAAAUGUGGGUGAAAUUAUACCAGAUUGCACGGCGUCAUAUCCCAGAAGAUAGUGCUGUUUAUCUGUCAGACAGCUUGAGUGGUCAGAGAAUAUUGAGGUGUUUCGCGUGUUACCUCAGUCAUUUGUUGUUUAUUUAAUGUGGUAAUUUGAAAUUGAGGUUGAAAGACAUUCCUCUGGAUUUUUGAAUAUGAAAAUAUAGUGCAUAUCACAGUUUUUUACAUAUAGUCCCACUUGGGCAACAUAUUAUGGUUACAAAUGUUUCACGCAGAUGCAACCUUCACCAGACAUUUUGACAGAAUACAUAAUCAAAUAUUUCUGUCCAGUGUAAGAACAGUGGUAGCAAGUUUUAUGUAUAAUUUAAUAUACGAGUAUAUUUCAGCAUUAUUGCCGGUAUAUUUUACUCUGGUGUACCACAGAUGAACUAAAUUGGUUGUUGUAGAGAUGGGUGCAGUCACCUGGUAUGCCUGUACUAAGAUAUGUUCUUUUGUUUUGCAUGUUUGUUGAUUUGUCUGUUUGAUGCUGAUUAAGGAGAGCAUGCAGAGAGGUGUAUGGGAGACGUGAGAGAAUGGGGAGAUAUGUGUGGCUCAGUUGUCAAUAAACAAAUUGUCAGGUUCAAAAACAUUUUUUUUUCGAUGUUGCAAAAGUAAUCAUUCAUAUACUUGUAUGAUAAAAUGGAUAAUUAAAUAAUAUCUGUUUGUUUUAUAAGCAAUUGAUACAUAAUUUUUUAAUUUGGCAUAAAAUGCAAGAUAUAGAUGUGAUGAAGGUUUAAAGAAGUAUCUAAGGGUAUUUACAGACAUUCUGAUACAGAGACUUGAUAGUCUGUCACACAAACAACAAUGAGACAAAUUUUAAAUUCAUCACACUCCAGACUUUGAUUUCAUGGAUUUAAGCGAGAAACUGUGACAUCUGAAGUUCCCGUUCCUCAUCAGACCCGUCACGUUUCAGAAAUUCCCUACUAGUUCGCAAACGCCUGGGCUACAGCUUAUAUAAUCCUUCUAUAUAAAAAAAAAGUAAUGUAACGUCCUCUCCGCGUCAGUUGCAACGAGUUCGCAUUCGCAUUUCUGGUCGCGUAAAAAAUUAUGUUUCAACUAAGUCAUGAACCUAAUACAGUUACUUCAUGAAAAUAAUUGUAGGAACAUUCAAAGCGUUCAGAUUCAUAAUUUAUAGUUCGUGGUUCCCAUCUAUUCUAAUUUAGUUGUGGGACCUCCAUUUAUUUCUGUUGGUGUUAGAUAUUCUCUUUCCAUAUAUUGUGUGUUGUAAUGUAAUGUUAUUUUGUCCAUAGUCUUAAUAGUUCACUGGCAGAGAGCUUUGAAUUUCACAGAAUGGCAUUUCUUAAGUUCGCAAACAUUUUUCUGGUAAGAACAGUUGAGAAGCGCUGCAUUGCAGACACAGGCGAGAUCAGUAUACGAGCACACGUGAAACAGUAUUUUGUGUUUCAUAUUCUUUAUACUGGAAACAUCUCAGGAAAAAGAUUUAUAUAACAAAACAUAGACUCGCCUAUAUACGUACUUCUUUCAAAACGGUUCGCAGUUUCAUUCUUUGGUUUUCACGGCCUAGAUUCCGCUGUUUAUGCGCUUCAUAUACUGAAACUGCGCCAUCUGGCGUUUCGGCUUUCAUUGCAGUCGUCUUAACCCAGAAGCUGGUGAUUAUAAUGUAAGCCAGAACUCUGUAACAGCCCUCACAUAUGACGCAGCCAAAUCUUGAAAUCUAAGGUGCACAUUUCUUGAUCGAGACAGUAACUGUGGGGAUUUAGCAGACACGAUCUUCAAAUAUCAGCUUUCGGGUUUGGGAAUUGGGUGGUUUCACAAUUCGGCAUGAAGCUUGAUUUACGGGAUAGGUAAGUUCAAGGUAUAUUCUCUUGUUCACGGCGAUAUCAACCUCAGUGAAGUGACCUAACACAUAAAUGGAAUGAUCACUUCCUCAUGUGACGCAAAUUCAUUUAAUUGAACAUGUUUAUGUUGCUAAUUUAUGGGAUGAGCCAGGGAGGCGUAAUAUUUUAGUAAUUAGAAACAGACAAAUUUAAAAAGGCCUAUAUAUGGUGUGAAAUUUCGGGAGCGGCAAACAGACAUGUAAUUCGUUCUACGAAUCUGAGAACCAUGUCGCGCGAGAUGACUCGCGCCAGCAUAGCAUCGCAACGUUCAAAUGAUAUUUGAUCACUAUAUACCACUUACUGGUUCUGACAUAUCGCGCAUUAAUUUCCUCUAGUCAAGAUCUCUGGCACGAAAGUAUGCAUCCAGUUGCUAGUUUAAUGACAUUACAGCACCUUCACCUGAAGGAAGCAAUGUAAUAUUUCUGUUAAUUCCAGUCAUUUCGAUAACCCCAAACCGCAGAUCAAUCAGGUCAACUCAAAUAAAAAGUCUGGCACAUUGGCCAGUAACUCUGGGCAAGCAGAAGAUGAACAUCCAAACUUAUACUCCAUUCAUCUAAAAUUAUGUUAACAAAGGAAUUUAAACAAAACCUCUGUAAGAUUUGAGACUUUCAAGGCGGUGAGUAUGAAGAAAGCAGUCUUGUGGGA